AAAGCGCGUACUGCUCGCGGAAGGCGAUCAGUCAUCGCAUACGUUAGUUGGUGGAUCAUAGUGCCAAAGCAUUAACAAUGUCUCGCGCAAUUUUCUUGUUGCUCGCGAUCGGCGUACUCGUCUGCGUGACUAGCGCACAGGAGACGCACCAAUGUACAGGAGAAAAUGAAGAAUGGAACAGUUGCGGAUCAGCGUGCCCACCGACAUGCAAUGAAGACCCUCAUCGACCCUGCACUUUGCAAUGCGUACAAGGAUGUUUCUGCAAACAAGGUCUCAUGCGCAAUUCUGUAGGACACUGCGUAAAUCCACAUGCAUGCUAAAAGCUAUGUACCAACCUGUAUCUACCAAAAUGAUACAUUUUGUUUAAUGGUUGAGGAGCGUUCUCAGAGAUUUCUUUUAAGAAUUAUGUAUUUGAAAAUGAAUGUAGUUGCAAUUUAACAUAACUGAUGUUUAUUUGUUGUUAUAUCAACAUUGAUUAAGAAGACAAACUGUCAUUAACACUAAUAGUGUUCGUCUCUCUGUUAUACUAAUAUUUUUUAUUAGAUACCAACAUUCUUCUUAAUUUUUUCUCAAAUAGUUAUAGAAAAA